AAUGGGGCGAAAACCAGGACCGCGUGAUUGCCGAGCUGGACGGCAUCUUCGGGGACUCCCAGCGCCCGGCCACGUUCCAGGACACGCUAGAAAUGAAAUACCUGGAGCGCUGCCUGAUGGAAACGCUGCGCAUGUACCCCCCAGUGCCACUGAUCGCCCGCGAGUUGCAGGAGGAUCUUAAGUUGAAUUCUGGCGACUACGUUAUACCGCGCGGAGCCACGGUGACGGUGGCCACUGUUCUGUUGCAUCGCAAUCCCAAGGUCUACACGAAUCCCAAUGUCUUCGAUCCGGACAACUUUCUGUCCGAGCGCCAGGCCAACCGACAUUACUAUGCCUUCAUCCCCUUCUCCGCGGGACCACGCAGCUGUGUGGGGCGCAAGUAUGCCAUGCUAAAGCUCAAAAUUCUACUCUCGACUAUCUUGCGGAACUAUCGCGUCUACUCGGACCUCAGUGAGUCGGACUUCAAGCUCCAGGCGGAUAUCAUACUGAAGCGUGAGGAGGGCUUUCGUGUGCGUCUCCAGGCCAGAUGAGCAGCACAAAACAAUUUUCCAAAAAAACCAAAAAAAAGGGCAACUUUUCCAUACAUAUAUCUCUAAUUUUUCGCAAGUGAUAGUCACCGGUUAAUACAGUAAUAAUAAUAUUAAUAUUAUAUAAUAAAAUUUGUUCAACACUCGA